CUACGCAUCAUCUUUUCACAAAUUUUGAACAAAGUUGCCUUUGAGCAAGGUUUCCCAUCAGAAGUCAUACUAGUGCCCAUGAUUUAUACUUUCUCAACAAACAUGAUGCAACUGAAAAGCAUUGCAAUUAUUUUUGUGAGUACGUAUAUUUUGUUGGUGAGAACGGAUUUGAUGUGUCAGGAUGAGUCGAACCAUGAUGAUGAAGAACGGUUACUGGAGAGAGUAAUUAGAAACGAACUGGCACUGGAAACCCUAUUGAAAGAAAUCAAGGGGACAAACGAAGAUGUUAUUAAAGGAUUGCGAGAAAUGCGGAACACGAAAACGGAGGUCGGUGAGUUAGCUAAUAAACUCGAAAGAUCAGAAACCGUGACAACGCUGAAAACUGGUAAAUUUAUGAAAGACGCCCUGUCAAACAUUACAUCGGAACUCGUCAGAAUAAGGAGCAAUCUGGAUGAUGCGACCACUAAUUGGCAGACUGAUGUGCCGUCAGCUAUAAAACGAGGGCCGCCGUCAAUCCAGCCCGUGUAUUUCCACGCUCGCUCACCGGCGGAAGCCAAGCUCGAUGCCGACCAAGAUGUAAUCUUCACAUUCAUCGAACUCAACGAAGGAAGCGGCUACAAUUCAUCCUCGGGGAUAUUUACUGCCUCGAUUGCAGGACUGUACAUGUUCAGCGUUCAAUAUUGCACGAUGUACGGUCAGAACGCGUGGCUUGCAAUUGUCAAGAAUGGGACGCUCAUACAGGUGGCCCGAAACUACGGCUCUUCAGGCAGCUCCCCGUGCGCCACCAUGCAAGUUAUCUCCACCAUGGCCGUGGGGGACACUGUGUGGGUUCGCACUGUCGCUCGUACAGAACUGCAUGAAAAUGAUGGAGUGUAUCGGUCAACAUUUUUCGGCGUAUUGUUGGUUUGAUAUACUGUGUUGAAAUAAUUGAGUUUAUUAAUAAAAAGUUUUAACUA